AUGGGGCCCCUGUGUCCUUGCCCAAACUCAAAAAAGCCUAUGAAAAAGGUACCAGGGGCAUCUCAUGGGGCCCCCUACUGACCCCGGGCCCUCGGGCAGCAAUAGGGGCCCCUGUGUCCUUGCCCAAACUCAAAAAAAAGCCUAUGAAAAAGGUACCAGCGGCAUCUCAUGGGGCCCCCUACUGACCCCAGGCCCUCGAGCAGUUUCCAAGUUUCCAAAUGGUCAGUCCACCCCUGCUCCCAACAACAAGUACACCUGCUGCUAUCUUGUAGAGGCAAGAUGAGU